GAUCCCCAUCUCCCAUCUCUAACGACACAUGAUCCCAAACGUAACCUUCGGCGCCAACGCUUCCUUGUUUCAAAUUCGUCCUAGUUGAAUGGCCAAAAUCGAAUUAGUGACUGACCGAAUAAUCUAUUUCGCGACAGCCCCCCCCACCGUCGUCCCAUCGUUUUCGGCAACCGGCAAAACCGUUGCCACUUAACCCCACUCCUUCCAAGCCCGAAAACUCCAAUGCACUCUUCACUCUAGCGUUGAUCACUGGGCGUUGAGGGCGCAACACAAACAAACAAACAAACAAACCCAACAUCAACAAGCGCUUUGAAGGAUCCUCGAAAUGUGGGCAACGGCCAGGGCGCGCGAUAAGAUGCGAUGCUGCAUCGGUGUCGUCGUAUAAAAAGCGUUCAUUGAUGUCCAACCCGGGUCAGUCGUCGGUAGCAUUGGGCACGAGCGGUGUUUUGCGGUGAUAUAUGUGAGCAAGCAUUAGGCGUAUUAGGCGUCAUCAACAGUGGUUUGAGCAUUUUGCUGGUGGUUGAGGCAGCCGAAUUGGGAGCAGUGAAUAAAUCGGAUUAGCAUAAGCAAUAAAAGUGCCACCAGUGUCGUCGGUUCGGAGUGAGUGAAGGACAUUGUUGUGUUUUGCUGCGAAAAAAAAACCCCAUAAACUCCAGGAAAAUGAAACUGUUCGGAAGUAGCAGCACGUUGCUGGUGAUGCUGAUCAUUGGAUUGGUGUGGAGUGAACAGCUGGAGGAGCAGGACAGCGACACCAACGAUCUGGAAACGGCAGAAUCGGCCUUCCACAUCGACCCAAAGACGGUGAUUUUCACCGGGCUGGCCGGUAUCGGGGCACUGGUGGUGAAGGGCUUGGCGCUGGGCAUUGGUGGCGGUAAGCUGCUUCUGCUGGCCAAACAUGCCGGCAACUCGCACAGCAGCUCCGGCUGGGACGAUUCCUCCAAGUCGUACUCAUCGCACCCGUCCUACCCGACGUACAAGUCGUACUCGAGCAGCUACUCGUCCUCGUACGAGGCGAAACCAACGUCGUACACUGGCAGCCUGAAGGUGUCCGGUUCGCUGACGCCGGUGAGUUCCAAAUCUUCGUCCGACUCGUCGAGCUCGUCCACGGCCGCACCGACCAAGACGAGCCUCUCGCUUGACGAUGGUGAUGAUGCACUGCCUGAAAACUGAGUUUCAAAAUUUCAGGUUCAUUAGCAGCGGGCUGGCUGGCUACUGCCUGGCGAACGGCGUUGUUGAGGCUGAGAGUAUCUCCUUUUUUUGGCGAACGUUGUGAGCAAAAUUCUGGACAGAUCAGGGCGUGGAAAGAAUAGGGGGGGGAAGGCGAUGCAAGGCAGGCGUUACAAAAGCCUAAACCAAACUAAAUCUGCUUUGUUUAGUAGUGCCUAUUUGUCUAAGGUUUACUAUUUUCUGGGGAAUAUACACCUAUUUAUAAGCUUUCAUCGAUCAUAUUGUGAUACUUUGCUCAUCUGAUUAAACCGGUUUCCAUUGUAUUAAGCAAU